GAAAAGAUGGCACAGCUGCUUGUACCACCAGGACCAGACAGCUUCCGCCCCUUUUGUCGUGAGUCCCUUGAUGCCAUUGAGAGGCGGAUUGCUGAGGAGAACGCCAAGAAGCCCAAAGGAGAGCAGAGACGACAGGAUGAUGAGAAUAAGCCCAAGCCCAACAGUGACCUGGACGCUGGCAAAUCACUGCCCUUUAUAUACGGGGACAUUCCCAGAGGACUGGUGUCCACACCGCUGGAAGACCUGGACCCCUACUACAGUAAUCAGAAAACCUUUAUAGUAUUGAACAGAGGGAAGGUCCUGUUCCGUUUCAAUGCCGCUCCUGCCUUGUAUGUCCUCAGCCCCUCCAACCCACUUAGAAGAAUAUCAAUUAAGAUUUUGGUACACUCAUUGUUCAGCAUGGUGAUCAUGUGCACUAUCCUUACCAACUGUGGGUUUAUGACCCUGAAUCAACCUCCAGACUGGGCGAAGAAUGUAGAGUACACAUUUACUGCCAUCUACACAUUUGAGUCCCUAGUUAAAAUUUUGGCCCGCGGAUUCUGUAUCGGAAAGUUCACUUUUCUGAGCGAUCCGUGGAACUGGCUGGAUUUCUGUGUCAUAACCAUGGCAUAUGUCACGACAUUUGUGGACCUGGGCAAUGUUUCCGCCCUCAGAACGUUCAGGGUCCUCCGAGCUCUAAAAACAAUCUCAGUCAUCCCAGGCCUGAAGACCAUCGUUGGUGCACUGAUCCAGUCAAUGAAGAAGUUGUCGGAUGUGAUGAUCCUCACCGUCUUCUGCCUGAGUGUGUUUGCCCUCAUAGGUUUACAGCUGUUUAUGGGCAAUUUAAAACAGAAUUGUGUGCGAAAGCAUGAUAAUUCUACUGGCAGUCACUCUAAUGAUUCAGUGAAUAGUAAGUACUUUUUUUCCCCCCCUAACGAGCUUUAUUACCUCCCAGGCAAAAAGGAUCCAUUGCUGUGUGGAUUUGGUACUGGAGCUGGGCAGUGCCCAGAUGGAUUUGAAUGCCAACGAGUGGGAAAGAACCCCGACUAUGGUUACACCAGCUUUGACUCAUUUGGUUGGGCCUUCCUCUCUCUGUUUAGGCUGAUGACACAGGAUUAUUGGGAAAAACUUUACCAGCAGACACUGCGAGCAGCUGGGAAGCCCUACAUGAUCUUUUUCAUCUUUGUGAUCUUCCUUGGCUCCUUCUACCUGGUCAAUCUGAUCCUGGCUGUGGUGGCGAUGGCCUACGAUGAGCAGAACCAGGCCACCAUGAAGGAGGCUCACCAGAAGGAGGAGGAGUUCAAGGCCAUGCUCGAGCAGCUGAAGAAGCAGCAAGAGGAUGCUCAGGCAGUGGUGUCAGCUACUGCCGAGAGUGAUGAGUUCAGUGAUGGAGGAGGUGUCACAGAUAGCCCCUCUGAUGCCUCCAAGCUCAGCUCCAAGAGUGUAAAAGAGAGACGCAGCAAGCGUAGGAAAAGGAAGGAAGGGGAAGGCAAAAGCAGCGAUGAGAAGGUUCGAAAAUCUGAAUCAGAGGAAAGCAUAAGGAAGACGCGCCUCCGCUUGUCAGUGGAGGCUAACCUGCUCCACCAAGAUGUGAAAUGUUCGUCUGCACACCAGUCCUUCCUGGGUUUCCGUGGACCGCUUUUCUCGUCAAGAAGAAACAGCCAGGCCAGCCUUUUCAGUUUCCGAAGCCAUGUGCAGGAUGCUGGCUCCGACAACAGCUUUGCAGAUGAUGAAAACAGCACUUUUGAGGAUGACAGCAGUCGGAGGGGGUCUCUGUUUAUUCCACAACGGUUUAACCGGCGAAACAGCAGCAUGAGCCAGAGCAGCUUCUUGUCGCAUGUCCGGCCUCCACCCAAACGGGUGAAGCACAGCUCUGUGGACUGCAACGGUGUGGUGUCCCUCGUUGGCAGGGCUUCGCUCCCCCCAUCACCUGUGGGGCUCCUUCUGCCUGAGGUGAAAGUUGAUAUGGCCUCGAAUGAUGACAGUGCUGACACAGUGGAACCAGAGUACAGAAAGGCCAGAUGUGGCUCAUACCAGGGGUCCACGGACUUUCUAGAAGGCCCAGAGGCCAGACAGAGGGCUUUAAGUAUAGCUAGUGUCAUAACCAACACGAUGGAAGAGCUUGAAGAGUCAAGACAAAAGUGUCCUCCUUGCUGGUACAAGUUUGCCCAUACUUUCCUAAUCUGGGAGUGUUGUCCAGUGUGGGUGAGGUUCAAGAAGAGGGUCAAGCUGGUUGUGAUGGACCCAUUUGCAGACCUAGCCAUCACCAUAUGCAUUGUAAUGAACACAGUGUUUAUGGCUAUGGAGCAUUACAAAAUGUCCCCGACGUUCUCCAAUGUGCUGUAUGUGGGAAAUAUGGUAUUCAGUGGCAUCUUCACGGCUGAAAUGUUCUUCAAGAUUAUUGCUCUGGACCCGUACUAUUAUUUCCAGCAGGGAUGGAACAUUUUUGAUUCCAUCAUUGUCUGUUUGAGCUUGAUGGAGCUUGGUUUGUCCAACUUGUCCGGAAUGUCUGUGCUGAGGUCGUUUCGGCUGCUGAGAGUGUUCAAGCUGGCGAAAUCGUGGCCCACCCUCAACAUGCUGAUUAAAAUCAUCGGUAACUCAGUGGGGGCUUUGGGCAAUCUUACUCUGGUGCUGGCCAUUAUUGUCUUCAUCUUUGCUGUGGUUGGCAUGCAGCUGUUUGGCAAAAGCUACAGGGAGUGCGUGUGUAAAAUCUCUAAGGACUGUACUUUGCCCCGCUGGCACAUGCACGACUUCUUCCAUUCCUUCCUCAUUGUGUUCCGCGUGCUGUGUGGGGAGUGGAUAGAGACCAUGUGGGACUGUAUGGAAGUUGCUGGAACAACCAUGUGCCUCAUCGUCUUCAUGAUGGUCAUGGUCAUUGGAAACCUUGUGGUGCUGAACUUGUUCCUAGCCCUGCUGCUGAGCUCAUUCAGUGCUGACAACCUGGCAGCAACAGACGAUGACAGUGAGACGAAAAACUUGCAGAUUGCCAUUGGACGCAUCCAGCAAGGUAUUGCCUUCACUAAGUCCCUGGUUCUCCGUACCUUCUACAGUGUUUGUCUGGGAAAGAAGAAGAAAAAGAAGGGCAAGGGCGAUGACAAAACCCUGGAUGAGUUCCACAAACCUACUGUAAACAACUCCAUCCAGAACCACACCACUCUGGAGCUCAUGAAAGAAUUUCCAAAGAAUGGCAAUGGGGACGUUACUGGUGUGGAUAAAAACGGAGACAAAUACAUAGUCAACAGCAUGAGUGAGGAGUCUAUGAUGUCAUUCAUCCACAAUCCCAGUCUGACUGUCGUUGUGCCCAUCGCUGUGGGAGAGUCUGAUUUUGACAAUCUCAACACGGAGGACUUGAGCAGUGACACCUCUGAUGUGGAAGGAGUUAAAAUGGUGGAUGAUGAUGGUCAGAUGAGUUCAUCUGAUGGAAGCACAGUGGUCUUCAAUGCACAUGGGGAGGGAAGAGACUCCGUGGAUGCUGAACUGGAAGAGUCCAUGGACCCUGAUGCCUGCUUUACAGAUGGCUGUGUACAAAGGUUCCAUUGUUGCCAGGUAAAUGUGGACGUGGGCUGGUGGAAAAUGUGGUGGACAUUGAGGAAGACCUGUUACCGCAUUGUGGAGCACAACUGGUUUGAGAGCUUCAUCAUCUUCAUGAUCCUGCUCAGCAGUGGAGCGCUGGCAUUUGAAGACAUCUACAUCGAGGGGAGGAAGACCAUUAAGACUAUACUGGAGAUUUCAGACAAAAUCUUCACCUACAUUUUCAUUCUGGAGAUGCUGCUGAAGUGGGUGGCAUAUGGAUUUGCCAAAUAUUUCACAAAUGCCUGGUGCUGGCUGGAUUUCCUCAUUGUUGAUGUCUCACUGGUCAGCUUGAUAGCCAACGCCAUGGGAUUGUCUGAGAUCAGCGCCAUCAAGUCCUUAAGGACCCUGCGAGCACUGAGGCCCAUGAGAGCCUUGUCACGGUUCGACGGCAUGAGGGUGGUUGUUUAUGCCCUGCUAGGGGCCAUCCCUUCCAUCUUCAACGUGCUGCUGGUGUGUCUCAUCUUCUGGCUCAUCUUCAGCAUCAUGGGGGUCAACCUUUUUGCAGGGAAGUUCUACUACUGUGUCAACGCAACCUCGGACGAGGUUUUCCCCACGUCUGUGGUGAACAACAUGUCAGAGUGCCUAGCCCUGGGGGAAAACGCUCACUGGAAGAAUGUCAAAAUCAACUUUGACAACGUCGGUUCAGGUUACCUGGCACUUCUACAAGUGGCCACAUUUAAGGGUUGGAUGGACAUCAUGUAUGCUGCUGUGGACUCACGUAACAAGGUAAUGAGGCAACCUGAAUACGAAGUCAACCUUUUAAUGUACAUUUACUUUGUGGUUUUCAUCAUAUUCGGAUCCUUCUUCACACUCAAUCUCUUCAUUGGUGUCAUCAUCGACAACUUCAAUCAACAGAAGAAAAAGUUUGGAGGUCAGGACAUCUUCAUGACGGAGGAACAGAAGAAAUACUACAAUGCCAUGAAAAAGCUGGGCUCAAAGAAACCACAAAAGCCAAUUCCUCGACCAGCAAACAAGAUUCAAGGCUUUAUCUUUGAUUUCGCCACAAAGCAGGCCUUUGACAUUAUAAUAAUGGUUCUCAUAUGCCUUAACAUGGUCACCAUGAUGGUGGAAACAGAUGAACAGACGACUCAGAAGACCAACAUUCUCUACUACAUUAACCUCGUCUUCAUUAUCAUCUUCACGGGAGAGUGUGUGUUGAAGAUGCUCGCUCUCCGCCAUUACUAUUUCACCAUUGGUUGGAAUGUGUUUGACUUCAUCGUAGUCAUUCUGUCAAUAGCAGGUAUGUCCAUCUCAAACAUAAUAAAAAAGAAUUUUUUUUCACCCACCUUGUUAAGAGUCAUCCGUUUGGCUCGGAUCGGACGCAUCCUUCGACUCAUUAAAGGUGCCAAAGGAAUCCGCACACUCUUGUUUGCCUUGAUGAUGUCACUUCCUGCCUUGUUCAACAUUGGCCUCCUGCUCUUUUUGGUAAUGUUUAUCUACGCCAUCUUUGGGAUGUCAAAAUUUGCUUAUGUCAAGAAGGAGGCGGGUAUUGAUGACCUUUUCAAUUUUGAGACAUUCGGCAACAGCAUGAUCUGCUUGUUCCAGAUCACCACCUCAGCAGGGUGGGAUGGCCUGCUGGCCCCUAUUCUCAACAGAGAUACCCCCGACUGUGACGUCAAUAAAGAAAAUCCCGGCAGCUCCAUCAAGGGAGACUGUGGGAACCCCUCCGUGGGAAUUAUCUUCUUUGUGAGCUACAUCAUCAUCUGCUUCCUCAUUGUUAUUAACAUGUACAUUGCAGUCAUCCUGGAAAACUUCAGCGUGGCCACAGAGGAGAGCGCUGAGCCAUUGGGCGAGGAUGAUUUUGAAAUGUUCUACGAGGUCUGGGAGAAGUUUGAUCCUAGUGCAACCCAGUUCGUGGAAUUUCACAAGCUUUCAGAGUUUGCAGAUGCCCUAGAUCCGCCGCUGCGCAUCGCCAAACCCAACACGGUCCAACUGAUCUCUAUGGACCUGCCCAUGGUGAGUGGUGAGCGCAUUCACUGUCUGGACAUCCUGUUUGCAUUCACCAAACGUGUCCUGGGUGAGGGUGGGGAGAUGGACAUGCUGAGGGGGCAGAUGGAGGAACGCUUCAUGGCCUCCAACCCCUCCAAAGUGUCCUAUGAACCCAUCACUUCCACCCUCCGCCACAAACAAGAGGACUUGUCAGCCUUUGUCAUCCAAAGAGCAUUCAGGAGAUAUAUGAUUACACGUGCUGCCAUUAAGUCCUGCAACAAUGCCAAAGACAAGAUUCCCAAUGAGGAAAACCUCGUUGACGAGGAGGAUGUUGUCAAAAACAAAUCGACAGGGCUUUCUGCACCAGAUGGCAAUUACUCAACCCUAUCUGCAGCUACUCCAGCCUCAAAUAAUAGUGUAAUAACAACAGACGAGAACAAAUGUGAAGAAGACAUUAGUGAAAAUGAGGUCAUGAGCAAAGAUGUCAGGGAGCAAGGCAUGUAAAGGAAUGUUGAGAAUGCAACAUUGACAUUACCUUGAAUUACAACAUGUUUACAGCUUUUGGAGGUGAUUAAGACAUCCAAUGGACUCCCUUUUUGUACGGAUAUCUGUG